AUGACGAGUUAUAUUCGUUCAGAGUUCGAACCAGUGAAAGUGGCGGAUGUGCCGUUUCAUGCGGAGUACCUGGACCUCAUCAAAGGAUAUGCCGAACGAGGACUGACUGCUUUUGUGAGUGCAAUAAUACUAUAAUAUACUUUCAACUCGUUUAGAGCAAAAUCUCGCAAAACGAGCAACUUUAGCGGUCGCAAACGUGAUUUUUCGGGCAAAAUAGACCAGCAGACAACAAAUGCGUUGUAUGGAGGUCCGAUUUGCCCAAAAAAUCUUGUCAAAGACCUCUAAAAUAAUAUCUCCGAACUCGUUUUACUCUUAUCAGUGUUGCCCAAACAGCCAAAUUCCUUUGUUUUGUUGCAUUUUAUUUUCGCUACUUACAGAUUUCUGCCGAAACACGAGAGAGAAAGACCUACAAGGACCUGUUACACGCUGUUUACUGUGUCAACGCGUAUUUGAAAAGCAUUGGCUUCGGUUAUAAGGAUGCGGCUGGUGCCGUUUUGCAAAACUGCUGGGAAUUCCCGGCAAUCUUUCUUGCUGCGGUUUCUCGAGGUGGUUUCUUCAGCGGAGCCAGCCCUAUUUUCACAGAAGGUAAGGUAAAAAAGUGGCUCUCAAGUUACUAACAACAAAAAAUUUAGCCGAACUAAGCCAACAAUUCAACGAUUGCAAGUGCAAGAUCAUCUUUUGUAUGGAAUAUUCGCUUGAAUUGGCGUUGAAGACAAGGGAUGACUGUCCGCUAGUGAAGGUAAACGAGCAAUCCUCUCACAAUUUACCACACAUUUUUGCAGCAUAUUGUUGUAGUCGACUCUAAGCGCAAAAAUCUCCCUCCGAAUGUGGUGACCUUCGACUAUAUUCUCUCUCUGAACCCUCUGAACCACGAAAUCCAUACGAAAGUCGAUGUUGAAAAAGACAUCAUCGCUUUGCCAUAUUCGAGCGGUACUACUGGAGUGCCAAAGGGUGUUAUGUUAACACAUAAGAGUUUUGGCACCUUGUUACGAUGCGUAAGCAAGUAAGUACGAGAAAUCUUGUUCUUUCAAGGAGAAAACCUCUUACUACAAACUAUAGCAAAACAAACAAAAAAUCAUCAAUUUCUCUCAGCUGACAUAACAUUACACUUUGCAGAGUUCUGAACGAAGAGAUUCUUUAUCGAAUUGAUCCAAAUUGGGACUACACAAAAGAAUAUCUAGCAUUUACUCUCCCAUUCUACCACAUUUAUGGCUUCGGCAUGUUGUGGACUUUAAUCCGAGCAGGAGGACAAGCCGUGAUUAUUCGCAAAUACAGUCCAGACGUUUUCUUCAAGGCUGUGGAGGACUUCAAGGUGCGAUUCUUGUCUUUAGUGCCGCCUAUUCUUGUAUACAUGGCCAACCCCGAGAACAUGAACAAAUAUAACAUCAGUUCGGUGGAAUUUGUAAUGACAGGAGCAGCUCCGGUUGGGAUCGAGCUCGUCGAAGCGCUUCAAAAACGAUUCCCAAGUAUCAAACAGAUAGCUCAAGGUAGGAGGUACUCAUUAUGCUUUCAAAAUUUAAAUUUUAGCCUAUGGAAUGACCGAAAUGAGUAUGUCCUCGCAUAUGCCAGUAUUUGGAAGGAGUAAUCCUGCGUCUUCCGGCCGGUUAUUGCCAAAUUACGAGAUGAAGAUUAUCGACCGAGAAACGGGAAAGACCGUUCCGCUUGGCCAAGUUGGCGAGAUUCUAACGCGAUCUCCAACGACAAUGUUGGGAUACUUCAACCGGCCAAAGGCAACAGCUGAAACGAUCGACAACGAGGGCUGGCUGCACACAGGUGAUCUCGGAUAUCUCGACAAAGAAGGAUGGACUUAUGUGGUUGACCGAUGCAAAGAUUUGAUCAAGGUAAAAGGACUCCAAGUGGCGCCGGCUGAGCUAGAAGAUGUUCUACUUUCUCACGACAAAGUGAAAGAUUCGGCGGUUAUUGGAGUUCCUCAUCCAAAGUUUGGAGAAGUCCCAAGAGCGUUUGUUGUCAAGAAUGACCCCAGUCUUACAGCAGAAGAGGUCGAUCAGUACAUUCUUGGUAGGUUAUCAAACACAACAAACCGCUGAAUAAAAUUUCCAUCUAUACACUUGUAAUUUCAGAAAAAUGCGCACCAUAUAAACGACUGGUUGGAGGAAUUUUCUUUGUCGACGAAAUCCCCAAAAGCCCCUCCGGCAAGAUUCUCCGACGUCAGUUGAAAGACAUCAAGGCCAAAUUGUAA